UAGAGCUUACUUCCGGUCGGUGGCUACGGAGUCCAGCUUUUACAAGUGUCCCCACUGCUUACUGGAUACAUCAACAACAACAGGGAACUAAUUGUUCGUAGCAGCGAGAUGUGUUUACAGUAGGAGUGCAGAUAGAGCAAAACUUUUCUAUCAUAAAGAUGGAAAGUUCAUCAACUAACACAAGUACACCCCUCUUUUGGUGUAAUAUCUGCCGUGUAUCAUGUUUGUCAGCUCUCAAUCUACACAUGCAUUUUAUGGGUGCUAAACACAAGAAGGUAGAAGAAUCACUUAAAAAUUGUGGAGGUGAACAGCUCUGGCCAUUUUCUGUAGACAAUAUUUCCUCAGAUGAAGAAGCGCAGCCAGGAACACUGGAGGAACAACUCAAAGCCUGUAAAACCACAACUCCUGCACUUGGGCUUGAAUAUAUUUAUGAGUACCAACCAUUUGAAGAUGGUCCCAGUAAGUAUGAAUGCCGAUUGUGCAACAUGCAGAGUGGACUUUCAAGCAUGUUCAUGCAUAUUGUUGGAGCAAAACACAGAAUUUCAUAUUUGAGUAAACAUCAUCCUGGCAUGGAUAUCCCUAUCUCAUUUCGUGCCAAAAACCCUGCUAAAAUCAAGAAAUUAGUAGAUGCCUGCACUGCUGUUGAAAACGAAUUUGGAAGGAAAAACAUAACUGUCCUUCUGGGAUCCUAUGUUCCUGCAUCUGAUAAAUACUCCAAAGAUCCAAGAGCCUCUCCUGACAUUGAUUGCCAGAAAGAAAAGAGUCAGCAGAAAGGGAAGAGCCCUAAACAGAAAGUAACGUUUCAAGAAUUAAAGAAGGCACAUGAAGCAAAUCUAAAAACCCCACAAACCAGUGCAGAUACUGGUCAGUUCAGUGUUCAAGGUGUUGGCAACUGUAAUCUGGACGAAUUCUUAUGUAAUGAGGAGCUCUUUGAUUUCCUGGAUAAUUUUAAGAUCCAGUGUGAAGAUGAUGUUACAUUUGUCCUGAAAGUUACGGAGAGGUUUAAUAAAGCCAUGGUAAUCCAGAAGGAACGUCAUGAGGAAUUAAGAAAAAAAAUGGCAUAUGUUAAUCCUGAUAUCAGCAGUGCUGCAGUUGUCACUCCUCAAACCCUGACACAUAUCCCUUCUGAAGAGAAGACCAUCAGUAAUCCAGAGCCUGGAAGCUCAUGCACAAAACUACCACCUCCUGUUUGCCAACCAAAAAUUAAACCGAAAAUUCCAGAAAAAACGUGUAAAUCAACCAAUAGAUUAUUAUCUCAAAAGGUAAGUUCUGAAGAAACUGCUGUAUCUCCGCCAGUUCCUGAAGGUCAAUUUGACCAUGAGAAUCUCCUUGUGACUGAGGAAGACCAGUCUUCUGAAGAGGAAACCUGUGAUAUGCACGUCAAGACCAACAUAAAUACUAAUCAUACAGCUGAUGUUCCAAUUAUAGACAAGUCAACCAGCCAAGCAAGCAAAGGAGAGCUUGCUUUAAGAUGCUCAGACAAUAUUUAUAAUUUGAGAUGGGCAACACCUGAUGAAUAUCGCCAAGAAGUAGAAACAGAUCCCACUUUACAUGAGCUGAGAGAAAAAGCAGUUACUGGAGAAUUAGUGAAAGGGAGGGGACGGAUAGAGUGGGAAAAUGGCUUACUCUACUGGGUAGAUGAACCUUCAAAACCUGACCUACCCUGGACUAGUACCAGACAAUUAAUACUCCCACAGAAAUACCAGCGAGCCCUUGUAAAGAUAGCACACGAUAUACCUCUGCUAGGUCAUCAGGGGAUCAACCACUCACGUCAUCUGGUAGGUCAAGCUUUUUAUUGGCCACAAAUGUUAUUUCAGAUUAAGGAUUUUUGGUGGAAAUGUGAUUCCUGUCAGCGUGGAGAACAGACAAAACUAUCCCUCAAACAUCGCCCACUUAUUGGGCAACUGUUUGAGCGGGUAGCAGUUGAUGUUAUCGGCCCUGUGCACCAGCCCAGCUACUCCGGGAAGAGUUAUAUCCUCACUGCUGUGGAUUUUGCUUGUCGUUACCCAGAGGCUGUAGCCCUUUCCACAAUAUCAGCUGAAGCAAUGGCUGAAGCUCUUGUACCUAUCUUUAAUAGGGUAGGCUUCCCCCGUGAGAUAAUAUUGGACCAAGACACCAGGUUUAUGUCAGAGCUAGUCAAAUGUCUCCAGCAAUAUUGUGGUAUGAGACGGAUAUGUACGUCUCCUUAUCACGUCAAGAAAAAUGGACUCUCUGAGAGUUUUAAUGGUACCCUUAAGAUAAUAUUAGAAUCAUUUGUGGAUGCUGAGCAGGACUGGGAAAGAUUACUUCCUCAUCUCCUUUUUGUCUACAAAGAGAUUCCUCAAGAAUUCACCGGAUUCUCCCCUUUUGAACUACUGUAUGGCAAAAAUGUUAGGGGACCUUUAUGUUUAUUGAAAGAAUAUUGGGAAGGUAUCCACCCACAUGAAGAGACUCCAAUAGUUCCUUAUAUUUUUGAGCUUAGGCAUAAGUUGAAAGCCUUACUAGGACAAAAACUGGAUCAUGAGGAGUUGGCUCAGAGAAGACAAAUGGUUUGGUUUGAUAAGAGAGCAAGAGCGAGCGAAUGUCUGCCAUGGAAGAAAGUUCUUGCAUUUUUGCCCACUCCCCAGAACAUGCUUCAAGAUGCAUGGCAAGGGCCAUACAAAGUGGUUCGAUGCUUGGGUGUCAGUGCAUACGCUAUAGCCUUGGACCCUGAUGGACAAAUACAACGCAGUUUUAAUGUGAAUAUGCUUAAAGAGUAUAUUGAACAUGGGUUAUGACUACAGAUUAAUGGGCCCCCAGUUAUUGUGAAGGAUUUUGGGUGACCCAGAAUAGGAGGGUCAAAACAAUAUCUUGUAUACUGCACUCAGUUUGUUUUCAACAGAGUGAGGUCAUCCUGUAACAAAAAAUGAAAUUUCAAAUAUUUUGGGAGCUCAAUUUACCCAUGUUUAUUCAGUAAAUUAAAAAAAAAAAGUGCCCUUCUGGUACAAUUGAUGAGAGAUAUAACCAAUAUUUUGUUUUGUAAUAUUAGUGUGCUACAAUUGUGUAUGAUGCAACAUGAAAUGGUAAACUGAAACAACAAAAGUGUAUUUGUUCUGUUACUUUACACAAAGUUUGUGUAUUUUUAUAACUCAUACAGCAUGUUUUAUAACUCAAAAUAGUAAUAAACUGUUUAUAUGUGCUAA